CUGAGGCAAGUGGGGCUGUAGCUUCACCUAAAGCUGUCCUCUGAGAGUACCUUCCAGCACUGUGUCAGCAUCUUACACGCUUUCCCAGCCUCCAUACGAGGUGGGGAAGUCGGGGAGCUUGGGUGUGAUGAUUUCUGUUUUACAGCUUCACAUGGAGAGUUGGGCCUUGGGGCCAGCAGGGGGCUCUGUCCACAGCAUCUUCUGUUCCUCAAGAGUGUGACUGGUGACCUUUUGAGGAUCAGGGACGCUAUGGCCAAGACCUACUGUCCAGAGGGCUAGGCCAGGGGAGCCCUGACAGGGGGAGCCAUGUCCUGUUUUUGACUCGGUGAUGUGUAGGCUUUACAGGGCCCCUGAGGAGAUGUGGGAAAGGAGGGUCUGGGGCUGUGGGCUCCUGAGGGCUCUUAGACUGUAUCCCCUUGGGACCCAGGGAACCUGGCAGUACCUUAGAGCCCCUAUGGUGGGCAGCACCAUCUCUGGGCAAGGAGAAUUUUGGGGGCCUCCCUGAUGACAGGGCAGCUUCGCCUGAUGGGAGUCACGUGGAGCAUGGAGUCCUGCCUGUGUCUGUGACCUCAGGCAAAUGACUGGAUCUUUCAGGCCCUCAGUAUAGUCGGGAAGGUUACCUGAUGGACCUGUCCCUCCCAUCUCUACGUCCUGUUAUGUUCUGCUUGCCAAGGCCUUUCAUGGGAACGGCUUUGAUCUCUUCCGUGUCAUUGUGGCAUUGACCGCCACAUGCUGCCCCCAGAGCCCCAUCUUGGGAGGAGGUGCUGAGCUGACUGUCUGGGAGAAAACAGAGGCUAGGCCCACCUGCCUGGGGGCUAGGGGCGGUGCAAGGCUUGGGUACCUGAGUCAGAUUCAGUGAGGCUGGCAGCACGUGAACAAAUGCAGAAAUGGGCUGUUUCCUGAGUGCGGGUCUGGUGCUAUUGUAACACUGCUGUUUGUUGAGCUCUCACCCUGUGCUUUUCACCCUUGAGCUCAUUUAAUCUGCAUUUCCUGAGGAAGCGGUCCUACCACUACCCCCGUUUUACAGGUGAGAUAAGUGAGGCUCAAAGUCGUACAUCUGGAAGCUGGCAGCUGGGGCCUGGCCUCAGGUCUGUCUGGUUCCAAAGCCCGUGCCCUUAACCUCUGUGCUGUCCUGCCCGCCUUGGGGGCAGCCUCUUCACCGAGCAUGUUAAAAACCUGAAGUGAAGAGGCUGAGGCGGAUGACUCAUUUUGCCACGCGUCACCGCUGGGCGUGAGCUGAGCCAGGUGGGCUGCCUGACUGCCGGGUUUGGAUGCGAGUCCCGUCAGCGACAGCACGGUUGAGGUUCUGCCCGCCCAGGACACGCUUCUCAAAGAUGGAGGAGACUAGGCUUUCUGCCUCAGAGGAGCUACCUCAGACUCGCACCAUUCCCAGAACCACCGCUCUUUGCUCAGGACAUGAUGCCGACGCUGACAAUGACCCGUCCCCAGUGGAGUCGCCGCAGGUGCUAGCCCGCAGCCCGCAGUCUCACGUCUCGGGGUGCCCGUUCCCGUCAAGGUGGAGGUCCGCCGUGAGCCCAGGUGCCACUGCGCCUCAGUCUUCCAGCUGCAGCGUCUCUGCCUCAUCCCCGGGCAGCAGCCUCCAGGGUCACCAGGAGAAGGCGGAGCCUCAGAGUUGCUCCCUUGCCAAGGUCUCCUCCUCCCUGGAGCUGGCUGUGCCGCCGUCGGCCCCCUCGGUGGUGGGGCUGGGGCCUCGGUUCCAGUGGUCGCCCCAGCCAGUGUCCUCAGGGGGCGAUGCUCCCGGGCUGGGCAGGAGGCGCCUCUCCUUCCAGGCCGAGUACUGGGCCUGCGUGCUGCCGGAUUCCCUGCCUCCCUCCCCUGACCGCCACUCCCCGCUCUGGAGCCCGAAUAAAGAGUAUGAAGACCUGCUGGACUAUACUUACCCCCUCAGGCCCGGGCCUCAGCUCCCAAAACACCUUGACAGCCGCGUGCUGGCUGAGCCUGUCCUGCAGGACUCAGGCGUAGACCUGGAUAGCUUCUCCGUCUCCCCAGCAAGCACUCUGAAGUCACCCACUAAUGUCUCGCACAGUUGCCCACCAGCAGAGGCCGCUGCCCUGCCGUUCUCAGGGCCCAGAGAGCCGAUCUCUAAGCGGUGGCCCUCUGGAGUACCGCAGAAGCAGGGCAGUGUGGGGUUGGCAUCUUGUAGCCCCAUUGCCUCUACCCCCAGAGCCCCAGGCAGUAGGGACACUCCUUGGGAGAGCAGAGAGCCAACCCUGAGGGGCAUGAAGCACUGGCCACCUGUGGGCAAGCACCUUGAGCUGGGCUCUCCCCACCUGAGAACACGGGGCAGAGGGUGGCCCUCACCCAGGCUGGAAAGGGAGAAGGGGGCCAGCCAGGGUAUCGGGCGCUUCGCCUGCACGGAGUCUGGAUGGAAACCACAAGAGGAGGUGGAAAGUGAUGACGAGUAUCUGGCCCUGCCCUCUCGGCUGACGCAGGUGUCUAGCUUGGUUUCGUAUCUGGGUUGCAUUCCCAGCUUGGUGCCCCUGCCCACUGAUGCUGCCGAAGGGCAGGGAUCCCUGGACGUGUCAGACAGUGAUGGGCCAGCUUCCCUCCCGUCGGACUCCAGCCAAAGCCAGCUUCCCUUUGGGGCUGCCCUCAGAGGGUCCCGAAGCCCUGAGGACCACAACCACUGUUUGCUGCGCUCCUUCGUCCGUGCAAGGGGCUCAGCGGGAGAGGGCGGUCUGGUGAGCAGCCAGGCCCUGGGCGUCUCCUCUGGACUGCUGAGAACACGCGCCUCCUUGCCGGCGAUGUUGGACCAGCGGGCAUUCUCGGAUCCAGAUGCCAAAGGGCAGCCUCCCAGGAGAGGAGGAGAGCAGGGAAAAGAGUCGCUCGUGCAGUGUGUGAAGGCAUUUUGCUGUCAGCUGGAAGAGCUGAUCCGCUGGCUGUAUAAUGUAGCAGACGCUGCUGACCACCUGACUGCGUCCAGGUCCAGCCUUACAGGCCUCAAGUCUUCUCUGCAGCUUUACCGGCAAUUUAAGAAAGAUAUAGAUGACCACCAGUCCCUGACGGAGAGCGUCAUACAGAAAGGGGAGAUUCUACUUCAGUGCCUGUUGGAUAAUACCCCAGUGUUGAAGGACAUCCUCGGGAGGCUCUCCAGGCAGCCCAGCGAGCUGGAGAGCCAUGCGGAUCACCUGUAUGACACUAUCUUAGCCUCUCUGGACACACUGGCUGGCUGCACCCUCAUCCCCGACAGCACACCAAUGGCACACAGGAGCGCCAGUGUGCAGGGGAUUAGCCUGGCAUCUUCUCAGGAAGAGAUGUAAUCUGUUAGCCAAAAUCUGGCUAUUGGGAAACUUUCAGAAGUCCUUGUAAGAGCCAUUCAAUACUGAAAUCAAGGGGGAAACUUUCAUGUACUAGCUUUAAAAUGCCUUUCUCUUCGCUUAAGUAAGGGCUGUUGAGUUACUAUUUUUAUUUAAAAUGAAUCCUUCCAAA